UCCAGUUCUCUUUGGGCUUUCAGCACUUGUCAGCUGAUCAUCUACCUUUAGGACAGUCAGGGACAGUCAACCACACCUACAGCAGGUUACGAACACUUUGUAGGAUCUUCUCUUUGACAGGUGAUCAAGAGGAUUUUUAUCCAUUGUGCUGUCCACAAAACACAGAAGAAAUUGGCAAAAUUUCUCACCUUCAGGAGUUUGACAGGGAAGGGAAAGAGGAAGAGACAUGGGCAGUGGAGCAAGUGCUGAGGACAAGGAAAUGGCCAAAAGGUCCAAAGAGCUGGAAAAGCAGCUACAGGAAGAUGCAGAUAAGGAAUCGAGGACAGUCAAGCUGCUGCUGCUUGGUGCUGGUGAAUCAGGGAAGAGCACUAUUGUAAAGCAAAUGAAAAUUCUCCAUCAAGGUGGUUACACUAAGGAAGAACAAAUUGCAUUUAAAAGCAUCAUCUAUGGUAACAUCCUGCAGUCUGCACUGGCCCUCAUCAGAGGCAUGGAAAUGCUUGGUAUUACUUACGGAGCACCAGCAGCACAGGAAGACGGUCAGAAGCUGCAGAACCUAGCGGACUCAACCGAGGAUGGCACAUUGCCCAAGGAGCUGGCAGAUAUCAUUAAAAGAUUGUGGAAGGACUCGGGCGUGCAGGCAGCCUAUGAGAGAGCAGCCGAGUAUCAGCUCAACGACUCUGCUGGCUAUUACCUGAGUGACAUGGACAGAAUCUGUGGUGCUGAUUACAUCCCAACAGAGCAGGAUGUGCUGAGGUCUCGAGUCAAAACCACUGGUAUCAUUGAAGAACAGUUUGGCUGCAAAGAGCUGCACUUUAGGAUGUUCGAUGUGGGGGGCCAAAGGUCAGAGAGGAAGAAAUGGAUCCAUUGUUUUGAGGGUGUGACCUGCAUUAUCUUUUGUGGAGCUCUGAGUGCUUAUGACAUGGUGUUGGUAGAGGAUGAUGAAGUGAAUCGCAUGCAUGAGAGUCUUCAUCUAUUCAACAGCAUCUGCAACCACAGGUUCUUUGCAAAAACUUCUAUUGUGCUUUUCCUCAAUAAGAAAGAUCUCUUUGAGCAGAAGAUCCAGAAAGUUCACCUCAGCAUCUGCUUCCCUGAAUAUAAUGGUCCAAACACGUAUGACGACGCCAGCCUUUACAUCAGGAAGCAGUUUGAGGAGCUGAACAUGAAGAAAGGUGAAAAAGAAAUCUACUCACACCUGACCUGUGCCACUGACACAAAAAACGUGGAAAUCGUGUUCAAUGCUGUGACAGACAUCAUCAUCAAGGAAAACCUUAAGGAUUGUGGUCUGUUCUAAAAAUAAAAAAUAAAAAAAAGGCCACGUUUUUCAGGUAGGUGGUUGUGAUACUUAAGGAAUAAAACAUGACAGGAUGUGCUGUUACAGGAAAAUAAUCAACAAUGGAGUUGUAGAACAUCACCAAGCAGAGUUACUGUUACCACCACAAAGUUGAUUAUUUCUUUAAUAUUAGCAUGCCAAAGUGUUUUAUUCCAUUUAUACCACAGCAAUUUGCCAACAAUGACAUUUUUAAGCAAUUAAAAAUGGUGCAUCAUACAUACAAUAAUUAUCCAUUUAUAGUUAUGUUUAUUGUUUAAUGAACAUCAUUAUACAAGUUAGUUUUUUUUGUAAUGAAACACCAGACACUCUUUAUUUCUUUCUCUAGAAAUAAGGAUGUAAUCAAACAAAAUUGAAAAAUAUUGAAGAAAAAUUCCACUGAUCUGAAGACUUUCUUGUUUUGGAAAACUUAAGGGAACGGCUUUACCUCUGACUAUUACAAAGUGCUGCCAUUGGAGAAAAAUACUAAAUAAACUUCACCAUAUCAACUAUUACACUUUUUUUUUUGGAACCUGUUAAUGUGGAGUGUUCUCUAUACAAGCAGCCAUCCUUGCGCAGAUUGGCAUAUAAUCCUGUGAUUUGAACGAUAAGUGGCACUAUUGUCAGAGUCGUGCUGUUAUACAAAAUUAAUGAACACUUUCUGAUUAAUUAGAAUCAAGAAUUUUACAGCACAGUGGUAUAAAGAAUAAAAACAACUUCUAACUGAAAAUGUACAUCAAUAUUAUAAACUUCUGUUCUGUCCAGUACUUUUGCCCUAUCCCCUGUAAAUGAAUUCUGAAGACUCGCAGAUGGCAUGAUGGUAAUCACUACUGCAAGAAGUAAAGUGUGGUCAGAUGCCCUUCAUAAAUAAUCAACAUACUGGACAUUGAACGCUCCAUCCAAGAAGUCAAAACUCCAAUCUAUCCAGUAUAAAGCUAAACAUUAUUCUUUCAAGUUCAAACUUCUCUUUCUAACUGGCAUUUGAAAAGAAGGCAUUUUGUUUUCAGGUUAAAGCUGCUGGUACAGACUGGGAAUAGAUGUUUUUCUGUUUUUUCUUCUGCUAAUAUGUUAGACAGCCAUGACACAUUGGUUAGGAACGUAAUUAAUUUGUUUGAUGUACAGUGUUGAGGACUUUCUCAUAAAAGCUAAUUUUCAAUGGGAGCAGCAUGCUGUACAACAUGUGAACCCCCUUUCCCCUCUAGUUUAAAAUAUAGUAUGCGGUUGAUUUGUAAAUAAGAGUAGGCAAGUAAAUUUCUAUUUCAGAGAAGCUUCUAUAUUAUGUUUUAAAGAAAUAACCAAAUGUCUAAUUAUGAAAAUUAAUACCAAGAUACUCUAGCAGUUUGUGGUUUGGGAUCUGAUAAUUCUGUGAAGAUGUUCUGGACUAAAAUGUAGGAACAUGAAAUAAAGAUGUGCAUCAAUUC